ACCGGGUUGGCGCUCGUGACCGCUACUCAGCGUCGGGGUACCGGGACGGAGAGUGGGCUGGAGAAAGUGAGGAGCUGGAGCUGAGAGGAGUGGGUAGAGUCAUCGGCCGACGGCUAAAGGGACGCGGGAUGGAGAGGGAGGAGAAGCAGCUUGAGGCAUCAUUAGAUGCACUCCUGAGUCAAGUGGCUGAUCUGAAGAACUCACUGGGGAGUUUCAUUUACAAGUUGGAGAACGAGUAUGACCGGCUGACCUGGCCGUCUGUCCUGGACAGCUUUGCCUUGCUUUCCGGACAGUUAAACACUCUGAACAAAGUCUUGAAGCAUGAAAAGACACCGCUGUUCCGUAACCAGGUCAUCAUCCCUCUGGUGCUGUCCCCAGACCGAGAUGAAGACCUCAUGGUCUGCAUCACCAGGGCCGACACAGUUCUCGAACAAAAACGGCAGACGGAAGGACGGGUGCCUGUGUUUAGCCAUGAGGUGGUCCCUGACCAUCUGAGAACGAAGCCUGACCCUGAGGUGGAAGAGCAAGAGAAGCAGCUGACCACGGACGCUGCCCGCAUCGGUGCUGAUGCGGCUCAGAAGCAGAUCCAGAGCUUGAAUAAAAUGUGCUCAAACCUUCUGGAGAAAAUCAGCAAAGAGGAACGAGAAUCAGAGGGUGGAGGUCUCCGGCCGAACAAGCAGACCUUUAACCCAGCAGACACUAACGCCUUAGUGGCAGCCGUUGCCUUUGGGAAGGGACUGUCUAACUGGAGGCCUUCAGGCAGCAGUGGUCCCGGCCAGCCGGGCCAGCCGGGCGCCGGGACAGUCCUCGCAGGAGCCUCAGGGUUACAGCAGGUGCAGAUGGCCGGAGCGCCAAGUCAGCAGCAGCCGAUGCUCAGUGGGGUGCAGAUGGCCCAAGCAGGUCAGCCAGGGAAAAUGCCAAGUGGAAUAAAAACCAACAUCAAGUCAGCUUCAAUGCAUCCCUACCAGCGGUGAGUGUGGCUGGCAACCUCCACUCCCAGGUGCCUUUGCAGAGCUGGGCAGUGAGAUUGCCUUCUGCCCAAAGCUGACCUGGAUGGGUACGAGAAAAAGAACACGGGCUUUCAGCAGCAGACACCUCCCAUCUCCCCUGCUGACUAGCUGUGUGACCUUGGGCAAGUGACCUCAUUUUUCUGAGCCUGUUUCCUCAUUUUUCAGUGGUGAUGAGACCUACCUCAUAGGGUUGUUGUGAGGAUUAAAAUGAGAAACUGAAUGUUAAACACUUAGCACAGUCUCUGAAAUGAGUAUGCAAUAAACGAGAGUAUCCACAGCCACUUCUCCCCACCGCCCUCCUCGGGCCUCCACCCAGAACCUGCCCUCCUCUGAUACUGUUUCACGUCUGUGGUGAGCUGAUGGACCCAAAACCGUGGACCACUCAGCUCUGUUUGCAGGCCUGUGCUUAUUUUGUGCUCUCAGAACCUGUGACUGUCUCUGUGUCCUUAGAGGCCUGCCGCCUCCCCAGGCCUUUCUGUCCAGGUUCCAGCCUGGCCAUCUCCAAGCUGCCGGUGAUGAGGCUUCUGGGCUGGGCUGGGCUGGGCUGUCCAGUUGCAGCUCUGGCGAAGCGUGGGCCUGCUCUCCUCUCCUCUGCUCUCCUCUGAGAAGCCCACUCAGCUCUUAUCUGGGAAACAGUCUCAGAGUCCCUUCCCCUUUACCCUGACUCACACACAUGAAGGAGGAAUGCGAAGGCCCAGGAGGCUGGCGCUUCCUCAGGAAGUGGCUCUGCCAGGCAGGACUGUGUGAGAAAGGGUUUUUCUUAGCACAUGAAAAAGCCCCUUGUUCCCCAGACUCUUGUCUCAUUUUGAAGCGAGAGGGGAAUUGCACCUCACACCAUCUUUUGUCAGGGUCUAGUUAUCCUCAUGAUAUGCCUGGUUCCUGGGCUCCAGCCGGGAUGGCUUUCCUCCAGUCCACUGAGCCCCUGUCUCCAGCAGGGGCCAGAUGGAGAGUGGGAGGUGGCAGUCGUCAGGACCUUUGCCUGCUUUAAUGGAGCUGGAGAGCAGCGUGGGCUUGGGUCUCCAGCAUAAGCUGCCUUUCUUAACUCUAGGCAGGCAACGGCAGGGGUUGAGUCAGCAGAAAUGGACCAGAGGGUUUCUCUGAAUAAAGUUAUUUAAGGAGUUCCCA